CAGGCAAACUGUGGGAUGGUCAAGGGAAAUGCACCGGUGUAGACGGUCCUGUGUGGGAGACCUGGAUGCACCUGUCACUCACUGUAAGGACACAGGAGAAGAGGUGGACGAGGAAGUGGCUGCUGUAACUUCACACGGUUGUUUGGUGGCGUAUCAUAUAUAUACACCUGGAUACCUUAAGACAGAAAAUACAGAGAAUACAUUUUUUGAGCGUUUUGAACAUUAUCUUCUCAAAAGAGGCAGUGUGAAGAAACCUGUUGGAUUUUGUAGAGCUCCAGUUGGGAUGUAGACUGAGGAUCCAGUUCCGUCUCUUCCACUCUGCUUUCGGGUCUCUCGAAGCCAACAGAUGGCCACCGUGAAGAAUUCUGUGUCCGAGGACCCCCUCCUAGGCAAAGGGCCUGACGAAGACGCCUCAGAGGUGUCUUUGUCAGAAAGUGAGUCGGAUUCUGGGAGUGUCCUCUCAGAUGACUCAGUGCUUCCAGACUACCAGCAGGAAGAUGGUUCACGGGGCACCGCCAACACGCUGUAUGAGGCGUGUGCUCGGAACAACACCCUGGCACUCCGUAAGGUUCUGGAGAGAGGGGUUACCAAAGAGGAGGUCAUGAAGGUGGACCACAAUGGUUGGACCGGUCUGAUGGUGGCGUGCUAUAAGGGUUUUUUGGAAAUUGUGCAACAUCUUCACCACUGUCCCUACCUGGACAUAAAUCACCAGGACAACGAUGGCAACACUGCACUGAUGAUCGCUUCACAAGCAGGUCACACCAUUACAGUGACCUACAUCCUCAACUACUACCCCGGAGCAGACACAGAGAUCCGGGACUGCCGUGGCUUCACUGCACUCAUCAAAGCUGCCAUGCAGGGCCGAGACGAUGUGGUGUCUUCUCUCGUCAUGGCUGGUGCAGACCUAAAUGCUGUAGACUCUACGAAGCAGAGGUGUGCGCGGGACUGGGCACUAAAGACGGGCCGCUACGAGACGUUGAACCGCCUCCGCCGCCUCAACCUGCGGCCUAGAGCUGAGCAGUUCGCUGAGAGCUACGUCCCCGAAUGGCCAGAGCUGAAGGUGCUGGUGGCCAAGGCCAUGGCCAACAAGAGCGCCAGCCAGAAGAUCACCCAGCGCAUCAAGUCCACCUUCGGCUUCAACUUUCCCCGAGAUCCCCAGGAAAACGGGGUCUUGGACCACAUGGUGCGUAUCACCACCAGCAUCCACAGCCCUCUAGUGGCCACCGGCUGCCGGCCCCUCUGCCCCACCAGCCCCCCUGAAGUGGGGAAGAGGCGCCUGGCCGUGCCAGAGCUGGCGAAGAAGCAUUCAGAGAAGGAGCUGGGGGAGAGCUCUGUGUGCCACAGCAAUGGCUCCGUAUCCUCCAUCAUUCCCCACAUCCACUCAGCCGAGACCAUCGCCACGUCCUGCUGCGUGGACACAGAGCGCAGGGGCAGCAUAAUCUCUAUAGCUUCCACCGGGGUGCGCACCUUCAUCCCCAGGCACAUGGCCCACAGGAACAGUGUGUUCCCCUCUGGCUGUAUCCCAAAGAUCCAGAUAGUCAAGUCUGGAGAGCCCACGCCUAAAAAGGAGAAGAAGAAGAAGAGGCACAAGGGUCAUCUGGAGCCGCCCAUAUGGAAGUACAAGGCAGAGAAGCAGGAGAAGAAGAAGGCAGAGAAAGAAAAAGAGAAAACCAAGAAGGAAAAGAAACAGAAGAAACAGAAGAAGUGAGGUGUCUAACAAUGACAAUUUAUUUUAAUUCCGCCCACUUCCAAUAUUUUUUUCCUAGAGUUACACUUAAAACGUUAUGCCACGUUCACACUGUGAGCUUGACUGUAUCUGAAUUCUGAAGUACUGCUCAGUACUAGAAGGGCUGAACUCCAGAUCAUUUGGCCAACGCAGUAGACGUUUUUCUUAAGGUCAUAUCAUUCAUACUGCUUUGUAAAUAUUUAGUUUUGUAAAAACUGUUUUAGAAACUUUCUUUGACUUUUAGGGGAUGGAUUAAACUAUUAUCCAGGGUAUACCGAUAAUACAAUGCUGUCUUUUUGUCUUGUUGGCAUGGGUGUCAAUGGAGAAAUACGAUUUUGCCCUAUCUAAAACAAAUGUACUACUCAGGGUUUACUGAUUUACAAGGAAUUUACAAGGAACUUUCAACUGCCUUUGGUCUCUUUCAACAGUGAAAGAGACAGUCUUCCUAAACCAUCAUCCUAGAUGGUAAUUUCUCUUUACACAUAGACCUACUGUAUGUACAAGUUUAUUGCGGAAAAGGAUAGGCUUAGUCCCUUUCUGUAAAUUCUCAGGAAUUCAAGACUCACAAAAACACACGUAUACUAGGCCUACACCUCAGGGAUAACUUAAAUCAAAUCACAGUGCUAAAAUUAUCAUUUUUGAAAAUGUUUAAAGGCUUAUGCAAGUGUGCAAAAAUAUUGCGUUUUGUUGAAUGCUUAUAUAGAAACGAAGGCACUUUGGGUAGUGCAGUUGGAUAUUUCUGCUGUCUGUAUUUUUCCAAAUUUGGAUGCCAUUUUCAAACAAUAGCUAUCUUACUGCUGAUAUAAUGAAUUGAUUUAGUUGAUAAAUGUGUUGGUCCUUUUAUUUUGUAAAUAUUGUAAAUAAACCAUAGUGAGAUGAUGUGAUUUUA